CUAGAGCUUGAUACUUGGGAAUACAAUUUAUACAUUGUGAAAUAAUUAACAUUUGCUGUUUCACAUGUAUAAUUUAAUCCCAUAUUGGUUGUCUAGAGUCUUAAUACAUGGUCGAGGCAGGUAUGCCAUGCCGCUUGUGUGGCGGUCAGAGGACACCCUGCAGGAGUCAGUUCUCCCCUUCCUCCAUACGGCUUCCCGGGACCGAGCGCAGGUCACCAGGCUCGGCAACAACCACGUGUACUCACUGAGCCAUCUCACCAGCCCUCCUUUCCUGGGACUCGGUGACCUUUGAGGAUGUGGCUGUGCACUUCACCCAAGAAGAGUGGUCUUUGCUGGAUCCUUUCCAGAAGAUUCUCUAUAGAGAUGUGAUGCGGGAGACCUAUAGGAAUCUGGCUUCUGUAGGCAUAAAAUGGGAAUGCUGGGAUUUGGAAGCUUAUUACAGAAGUCUAGAGAGAACCCUGAGGCUCCAGGUGGUAAAGAGAGACUGUGAAGUGACGGAUAAUGGCCAGUGUAGAGAAGCUGUCACCCAAAAGCCAGUCAGUAUCACAAGCGUGAAAGUGCCAGACCUGAAGCUUCCUGAAUGGCGCGCCAUCAGUCAGCCAUCGCUGAAGAGGCAUAUUCCAUCCAGGCCUGAACACAAGCCGUGUGACUAUCAGAAAUAUGUAAAGAAAUACUAUGAGUGUGAAACAUGUGGUAAAGCCUUUACGUGCUCCAGGUCCCUUAAAAAACAUAAGAAGACCCACACUGGCGAGAAUCCAUAUAAAUGUGAGUAUUGUGAGAGGACCUUCAGUUACCGCCACUGUGUUGAGAGGCAUAUGCUAACUCACAGUGCAGACAGGCUUAAGUGCAUGCUGUGUAGAAAAGCCUUUCCUAAUUCUCUUGCCCUUAGAGAACAUAAAAUAGCUCACUCUGGAGAGAUACCUGAAUGUAAAGAGUGUGGGAGAAUGUUCUGGACCUCUGCUUCCCUAGACUUGCAUGAAAGGGUUCAUACAACAGAAAAACUUUAUGAGUGUAAGCACUGCGGGAAAGCCUUCACGAGGUACUGCUCCUUUCAGCUGCAUAAGAGGACCCACACUGGGGAGAAACCUUACGAGUGCGAGCUGUGUGGGAAAGCCUUCAGACACUCCAGCCACGUUCAGGCGCACAGGAGAAUUCACACCGGAGAGAAACCUUACGAGUGUGUGCAGUGCGGGAAGACAUUCAGUUCUGGCCACUGUGCAAGAAGACACUUAGGGACGCACGGCGGAGCCUGGCCUCACACGUGUGACGUGUGCGGAAAAGCUUUUCCCUACAUCUAUUCCCUUCGAAACCACAAAAAAUGUCACUCCAAAGAGAAACUCAAUACAUGUGCGCAGUGUGGGAAAACCUUUAAAUACAUUGCUUCCUUACGGAACCACGAGACCACUCACACUGGAGAGAAGCCAUACGAGUGUAAGGAAUGUGGGAAAGCCUUCAGUUGUCCCAGCUAUGUCAAGAGUCACAUGAGAACGCACACCAAGCCCUGCUAUGAGUGCAAAGAAUGUGGGAAGGUGUUUACAUAUUCCAAAACUCUUCAAAGGCACAUGAAUAUACACUCUUAAUUGGAGAUGGAUGUUUUUG